AAUGCCCAGAAAGGUUUAUUCCUGGUGCAGAAGUGACGGGGGAAGGUGCAACGAAAGGUUUAUUCCUGGUGCCGACCCCAGCCCGGUGCUGGCUUCCAACCUCACCCCCCAUCCUAAACACGCCGCGCGUUGGACAGGCAGAGGCGGAGGCGUGGACGGCAGCAAAGCUGUCGUGGGAAAUUAAAGAAGAGCUCGCUGCAGCUGAUCCUGAGAUUUAGCCCUCCUAAAAAGCUGUUUUCCCUAUCUUUUGCGUGGGAGGGGUCGCGGGAGAUACCUGUGAGCUCGUUGAAAGGCUUUAAGGAAGUUCCUGGCGGUAUCUCAGCUCGAGGGAGAGGAAGGGAGCUGUGACUCAUGCCCUUAUCAGCCAGCAGCUUUCCAGACCAAGGCCACGGCUCCUUUAGGACGAGCUCAGAGGUUGUCCCUCCAGUCUUUGCUGGUGCCUGUUGUUCAGUGACAUCACAAGCCUGACUUUGAGGGAAAAAACGCUCUUGCAAAGGCAAUGCCUGCACUGCAUAUAUAUAUAUAUAUAGAGAGAGAGAGAUGUAAAUCGCACAGGCAGGGGUCGGCUGCACGCUCGGCCCUUGGGCAGCAGCGACGAUGCACCCGGGACGGACGGACGGACGGACAGAGGGGGAGGUGUGACCUGAGGGUUUGUACUUUGACCUUGUCUCGGAGGCAGUUAUGGGCUUGUGCCCGCCCGGAUCUGCCCCACCUCCCUUCCCAGAAGCCAUAAAGCACGAAGGGAAAGGGAAUUUUGCUCUCGGUUUCAGGUCCCUUGUGGGGCUGCGCUGUUGUCUCCCCCUUCCCAGCCCCACGGCGGGGGGCAGGAGCGCAGCACCGCAGCCCACCCCCGCCAGGAGCGAUGGCUGCCUGCACCCCAGCAGGCAGGGCUGUGAAAGCGGAUGGGAAGGUGCUGGUUUCCUCACGCCCCUGCCUCCCUCGCGUCACCUCUGCCCUGGCUCGUGCUGUGAUUUUCUCCUGUGCCUUUCUCGUCCCUGAGCUGGAGGGCGCCCAGUUCAGGGUCUUGGGACCCGACCAGCCGGUCACUGCCGUCGUGGGAGAAGACGUCGUGCUGCCUUGCCGCCUCUCCCCGAGGCUGAACGCCGAGAACAUGGACGUCCUGUGGUUUCGGUCCACAUCCUCCAUGUACAUCCACUAUCACCGCAAUGGGCAGGACGACUACUCCUCCCAGAUGCCCCAAUACCGGGGGAGGACAGAGCUGUCAAAGGAGGGCCUCUCUGUUGGGAACGUUUCCUUGAGGAUCCUCAGCACCCGGCUGAGCGAUGAGGGACAGUACCGGUGUCGCGUCCAAGAUUGGGAUUUUGGUGAAGAAGUCUCUGUGGAGCUGCAGGUAGCAGACUCCAUUUUCCCAAAGGAAUAUCCCUGGAAGGUGGCUUUCUUCGUGACCCUGGCUGCCUGCUUCGCUUCCCUGGUUGCCUUCCCUCUUUUCAUCUCACGGCUACGAGCCCAAAGCAGAGAACUAGGGAAACGCGAUGCCGAAAUCCGGUGGAGAAACACCAUCUUCUCGGUGGAAGAAGUGCACGUCACGCUGGACGCGGACACGGCGCACCCACAGCUCAUCCUCUCGGAUGGUGGGAAGAGCGUACGGUGGGGAGUCACGCGGCAAGAGGUGCCAGAUAACCCCGAGAGAUACGACACCGACCCCUGCGUCCUAGGCCAGGAGGGAUUCACCUCCGGGAGAUACUUCUGGGAUGUGGAUGUGGGGGUGGAGGAAGGAGGGCUCUGGGCAUUGGGGGUGGCCAAGGAGUCAACGGAGAGGAAGGGGGAGAUCGACCGGGAUCCUCGAAACGGGAUCUGGGCUAUUGGUCACUGGUGGGGAGAGUAUUGGGCUGUGACCUCCCCUGAGCGCACAGUUCUCAGCCUCACAAAGAGACCCCGGACAAUUCGGGUUUACCUGGACACUGAGGCACAGAAGGUAGCCUUCUUCAACGCUGACAACCAAGACCUGCUCCACACUUUCCCACUGGACCCCUUGAGUGGGGAGAGGAUCCGUCCCUGGUUCUGGGUUCUCCUGUCCGCCCAGCUCACCCUGAAGUCACCUCCUUCGCCCCCACGCGUCCCCAGCGAGGAGGAGCCUCUGCUCCCUUCCUGCAUCCCCCUGCCGACCCUCCCCACGGGACGACGGGCCCCGCGCACGCCGACAGCAGGACAUGACCAAGACGGGGAAAUCCAUGCUGCUGUCCACGAGCAGCCAUGAUCAAUGCCCAAGGCUCUGCCGGCUGCGUCGUGCCACCAGGGCGCCCCGAGACUCUCCCAGUGAAGCCAUGGCGGCCCCCCCACCUGAGCAGAGCUAUCCCCGCUCCUGCUGGAGCCUGCGACAAGAUGUAGCCGUGGCUAAGGCACAUUCGCCUCUCCUAAGGUGAUGUCUCCAAGCAAGGCGCUUCCGCUGAGACGCCCUUGUGCUUCUGCUACGGGCAGAGUCCGACCCAACCAGGCUGUUGGGACCCGAGGGCGUCAGAACCCCCCUGAGAUAGGGAAGAGAAACCCCCCAGUGCCAGAACCGAGAUGAGAGUCUGGGGAGAAGGAGCCGCACAUCUCCACCCUCUUCCUCUCUACUUCACCUCCAGCCCCCAAAGCCUCAUCAAACGGGGCCAGUUGAAGGGCUGGGGGUGGUCUCUGGUCUGUCACUGGGUUCCUGAUGUCCACCUGAUUGGUGGAGGACUUGUAGGACAAAGAAGGUCUCCUGGGAAUACUGGCAGAUAGACUUUGCAGAGUUACCUAGAUGUAAUCAGUAUCAAUAUGUACUGGGAUUAGUAGAUCCUUUCCCUGGUUGGCCGGAGGCUUUCCCUGGUGCCAGCAGAGCUAGAGAAGUCAGCAGGGUUUUAUCCAAAUAAAUUACACCAGGCUUUGUCACUGCGGAGGGAAUCUCCUCUGACAUUGGGCCUCCUUUUGUUGGAGCAGUAGUAGAGGGAACUUCCAAGUUGUUACAGACUAAGUGGGAAUUACAGACCCCCGGGAGGCCUCAGUCUCCUGGGAAAGGGGAAAGGCUGGAUCAGACCCUCAAGAGGCAAGUUGCUACACUUUGCCAGGAAGCACACCUUACGCGGGCAGAAGCCCUACCUUCAGCUCCUUUGCGAAUUCCAAUAACCCCGAGGCCUAAGGAGGGCGUGAGCCCCCUUGAGAUCGUGUACGGGAGAGCAUAUCCUACAAACCUCUUAAACGUCAAGGGAGACCAAACACAUCUAAGAGGACAGGCUGCCAUCAAAGGAUAUUUGAUUUCUCUCUCGCAGACUUUGCCUUCACCACACACGUACCUAAAUCCAAGGGCUUCUCUUCCCUUGGACACACCAGUCCACCCAUUCCAGCCAGGAGGCGCUGGCGGCGUACGAACCUGGAAAGACGAGCCCUUGAAGGAAAAGUGGAAAGGGCCCUCUACUGAACUGCUGGAGACUUCUACUGUGGCUAAGGUAGAAGGAAUUGAUCCCUGGAUUCAUUAUACACAGGUAAGAAGGGCACCAAGGCCCGAUCAAGACGAAUGGACCUCCAUCCCAGCUGGGGAAGUUAGACCUGGACUGACCAGAGCCCCCCGAUGAACCGUGCUUAGGAAGUAGGACUUGCCUCCGUAGAGAUUAAGUGCCUAUUUUCCCUACAAGGACAUUAUAGGACCCCCUCGGGAAACGUUGCUAAUCGAACGACACCAAGAUGAUAGUUGUCUAUUCAGUAUUUGCCUGUAAAGGAGAUUUAAUCUCACAACUAACCCAGUCGUUCGGGAGAAGCCACAGGGCAGCAGUUGAACUGCAUGACCGCGUGUCGUCCACUGCCAGAAUCCGUUGCGACCCCCAGAUUGGGGAAUCUUAGUUCUAGAUUUAAAUUGAAGCUUUGGAACCGUAAGAGCGCAAAAUUCAGUAACAGUGGGUAAAGUAAUUGCAUUUGGGUGUUGCUACGGUGUCAUGGAGUUUGUGCAUAUACACAUUUAAGCGAUAAGGAUCGUUGUGUUCACGUCCCAAACAUCACUGAAAAUCUAACUGAUUAAUUAAACUGAAUAAAGCGAGUAGAAAAGUCAAGGCAGGACCUGAGGCUUCAAUAAAAUCGGUCAGUUAAAGACAAUAUUACAUAAAA